CACAACAUGAAAGUGCGUCGAGUUGAUAGACCUUACCAAAAACCGUUUAUUUYCCUUAAGSAGAARCUAUGACCUGAAAAAAAUCAAACCUACUCAAUAUUCUAGGCAAUUGCAUCUUCUGUAGUUCUUCAUUGGUUCAAGAAAUAGCCRAACUGAAGUGUUAUUUUGRAGUUUUGUGGGCGCGCUUGAAAACCCGGUUAAAAUGAGUGAACUAACUGCGGACGAGAUAAGACGACGGCGUCUAGCAAGACUUGGGCAGUCAUCAAGCUUAUCAACAUCUCCACCUCUACAUGUUACAACCUCUGUACCCCAAAACUGUGAUGGCCAGAACACUAUCAUAACUAAGUCACUUUGCACCACCCCWGAGAGUGAGUCUUUAGACAGUGCUUACGGCUCCCUCCCUCAGUCAUUGGAGUUUGAAGAAUCACAAGAAUUGACAUCUGAAAAGAUUGGAAAGAGGUCAUCUCCCACUAUCUCAUCAUCUCCUACUGAUGGAUUCAAAUUCAAGCGCUCUAAAGAUAGCUCAGAUACUGAAACAAGUCCAACAUGUAGUAYACAGUCAACUAAGGUGACUGUGACAGAGGAAAUGCUUUUGUCAGCAGUUUGCAGAAUAUUCAAUGUGACAUGGAAGCCAAAUGCACCRCCUAGCASUACCUUCCUUCCUGGUAUUGCAAAAGACUUUCAAGACAGCCCUACAAAUGUCUAUUUUAACAUGAAUGACUURAUGAGUCAAGUUCUGGUUGAACGUCUGUCUCCUAUAUGCACAAAAACUGUCAGUGAGACAAKAAUGUCAGUUGACAGUUCAACAAUUGCUGAAGAAACCUCACAGAUGGCCAUUGAUGAUGACAGCGAGACAAGCAGUGAAUUGAAUGGUGAUGUUGUGUAUACACUGUACACACAAGCUGAACAGCUGGAGUACAUGAUGAAGUGUUAUGAGAGAGUAUCUGUAGAGGAGAAAUCUUACCCAAAGCGAUUACAAGAUAAUAACUGGACAAACUUUCUUAACCAAGCAAGACAACAAUGUGUUUCAUUUUCUCUUCUGGUGUUGGUGAAUGCUCUUACCCAUGAAAAAUUGCUGUCUUGUACAUCACCAUUGGUUUCAUAUCUUAUUUACAAAAAAGAUCAGAUUCCAAGAGGGUUCAUCAAUGACUUGGUAGUAUCAGCUGGUCAAAAUAAAGACCUUUUAUCACAAGCCUUCAUUCCUGUGCUGCUUGGAAUGAUGCAAGAAAUGAGAAAAACAACUUUGGUAGAUGAUCAUUAUAAAACAAUAUUAUCGAGUCUGUCUGAGUUGUGUGACAUUAGAGUGGGAAGUUCAUCCGUCAGACCAAUAUGUAAUACAAUUGUGCUGCUGGACUGUUGGAUGCCAAGUCCACUUUCAGAUGCUGUGGGCAAAGAAAUAGAGAAGCUCUCAUUCCUAGGGCCUUUCUUUAGCUUGUCAGUAUUUGCAGAAGAUAGUCCCAAAGUAGUGGAAAAAUAUUGUUCUGCAAAAAUUAUGACAAAAGAACAAGUGAAAUUGACUACUGCUUCUCUUCAGACUUCAUUGGAAUUUGUCAGGGCUGAGUUGUUCAAAGUAAUGCAUAGUCUUCUGGUGUCAAGCGACAGUAGAGAAUCAUGUCUAAAAUACAUUAGUACUGUACUUAAUAGAAAUGUUAAAAAGGCACAAUUGCAGGCUGAUGAUAGACAAGUUGCAAGUGAUGGUUUUAUGAUGAAUUUCAUGUCAGUUCUACAGCAGUUGUGUGUUAAAGUCAAAGUGGAAAAAGUGGAUACUUGUUACUUGUUCAAUUCCAAGUGCAGGCUGACCAUUCCAGAUGACAGCAGGCUCAAAGCGACGUCUAAUGAAGUCAAACAAUGGAAAGAACAGUGUGAUCCAAAUACAGAGCCCAAGUUUCCGACCGAGUGUUUCUACAUGGCAUAUGCAGCCCAUCACUUAGCUGUCAUACCUUGCUGUAGACGAUACACACGUCGACUUAGGGCAAUUCGUGACCUCACAAGGACUGUGGAGCAUUUAGAAUCACAGGAAAGUGAAUGGAUGGAGAGCCCUAUUGCAGUUAGAAAUAAAUUGUUAUUGAAGAAAUGGAGGGCGCAAAUAGAGAAAUUAGCGACAAGUAAAAUGACGUCAGAUGCUGGACUAGUAGACGAAAGAAUACUGCAAUCAUGUAUGAAAUAUUAUGGUAUGGCUUGUCAAUGGAUACUAAAUGUAGUGAAGGCUGACAAUGACAGGACAAUAUUACCACUAGCUGCUGAAAUACCUAAAGAGUUUGCUGCUCUUCCUGACUACUUUAUUGAAGACAUAGCCGAAUUUCUCUUAUUUAUCAAUCCGCAUGCACCUCAAGUGUAUGAGGAUCCAGCGGUUACCGAUAUAGUUCGAUUUCUUAUUGUAUUUGCUUGUUCUUCUCAUUAUAUAUCAAACCCUUAUCUUGUGGCCAAGAUUGUUGAGGUUAUAUUUGUUCUCAAUCCUAACAUUCAGCCGCGCACGGUCAAAGUACAUGAGAUGAUUAUGGGACAUCGGCUUGCGCAGGAAUUCCUUGCACCGGCAUUAAUGAAGUUUUACACUGAUGUUGAGACGACUGGGAGCUCUAAUGAAUUCUAUGAUAAGUUCAGCAUCAGAUAUCACAUAUCAAUCAUUAUGAAAAGCAUGUGGGACGAUCAUUUUCAUCGUAUGUCAAUCAUUAGACAAAGCAGUGAAGAUGGAUUUGUGCGAUUUGUUAAUAUGCUAAUUAACGAUACUAUCUUCCUAUUGGACGAAUCUCUCGAUUCACUAAAGCGAAUCAAUGAAAUCCAACAACUGAUGGCGAAUACCGCUGAAUGGGAGGCCUUGACACGGGAAAAUCGCACUAGUCGACAGCGUCAACUGGAAACAGACGAGCGCCAGUGCCGAUCGUACUUGACCCUUGCCUCAGAAACCCUGGACAUGAUGCACUACUUGACAAAGGACGUCAGAGAACCGUUCCUAAGACCUGAAUUGAUAGAUCGAUUGGCUGCCAUGUUGAACUUUAACUUGCAACAAUUAUGUGGACCUAAAUGCCGAAACUUAAAGGUGAAGUCACCCGAGAAGUACGGCUUUGAACCCAAGAAACUGCUGGACAGAUUGAUUGACAUCUACAUACACUUGAGCUCAGAUGAGUUUGCAAAUGCCGUUGCAUGUGACCAGAGAUCUUAUAGAAAGGAUUUAUUUGAUGAUGCAUGUAAACAUAUGCAGAAAACACUGAACAAACCAGAGGUGAGUAGAGAAGAACAACUUAAAUUGUUUGUAAAAGAACGGUAAUCGA